GUAUUUCUGCAUUUGUAGACGUUUGGUCAUCUAACAGAACAGAAAAUUACUCAAAAGCCUUUGAGCGGCAGCUUCUUGAUAUGGGAGCACAAGUUUCAAAAACUUUGAACAAGCAUGUGACCCAUGUAGUCUUCAAAGAUGGACAUUUGGCUACAUGGAGAAAAGCACAGAAGAUGGGCAUAAAACUAGUUUCUGUACUCUGGGUGGAGAAGUGUCAAGAAACUGGAGUGUGUGUUGAUGAAUCCUUAUUUCAUGCAAUAGACCCUGAUGAGGAAUCACCACUGCUGAGAAAAAAACACAAAUGUAUGCAGCCAAAAGAUUUUGUUGAAAAACCUCCAGAGAAUAAUAGAAGGCUGCAGAGAAGACUGGACCAGAUGGAUAAAGAAUUAGCUGUGCAAAAGUUAGCAGUUAAUGCUGAAACUGAUGUACCAGUUUUACUAUUUGAAGACAAUGGUUCCCUUGCGUACAGCCCUGUUAAUAAGAUUAAAGAUCCAUGCAGAAGAAUAAAGAUGAAGGAAAAAAGAGAAAACAUUUCUCUGACUGCUUCACCAUUGUUUCAGAUACCUCCGAGUAGUUCACCAGGAGACUGCUCACUGUCUACUUCUGCCUUAACUAAUUCAGAAGAUGCCUUGUUACCAGAAGAACAAAUGAAAGAGUGCUUGAACUCAAGUUAUGAUUAUCUUUGGGGAACUGAUAAAUUAAAGAGACAGAAAACAGAGGUAGUAAAACCCACCUGUGAUACUUCAACUGAUGUUCAUGUAUCUGUGAGUGCAUCAGUGAAAUCUCCCUCAUAUAGCUAUGAGCAGAAGAGCUUAACUCCAAAGAACCGUAGCAGAAGAAGCUUAAGAAAGAAACAGAUUUUGGAUGAUAAUGAUGGCUCUUGCAAAGUUUUUAAUGAACAAAAGAAAAAGCACAAUGUGGGUUUAAGAAAAACUAGAAGACUCCAAAAGACACAUCAGGAUCUGGCUUUGGAGCUAGCAGGGCCCCAAGAACCUAGUGCAAUUCUUUUGUGUGGAUUUAACUCCAGACUCUUAGGCAAAGAGCUUCAUUCUGAUGGCAAUGAGACCUGGCUUCUGAUACUAGAGGAGAACAUCAUGACCAUGCUGAAGCAUGCCUAUUUCACGUUG